UGGCAAAGCUCAGAAGGGAAAGGCUGAGGAGAGGGAAGGAAAGAUCCAGAGGGAGAAACAAACACAAACAGAACCAGAGACAGAAAGUAAGGGAGCCAGAAAGAUAAGAAAAACAUGGGGCAGUACUCAGGAAUCGUGAAUACACAGACUACACAGUCUAUUUUUUAAAAAAAGUGCACAGAACUGAAAUGUAAAAUUACAGAGAAUAAAAUGCCAGGCAUAACCAGAUAAACAAAGCUAUAGAAAACUUUUUUCUUGUUCAAAACUGGGACCAAUGACUGAAAACAAAAGGGACGAAAGAACAAUAAAGAAAACUUUGGGUCAGGUAUCUUAAAACAUUUCUGAAAUAUUCAUUAUAGCUGGAUAACUGGAAUAUAAAACGUGUGGUACACAGCAAGUAUCCUAUUUUCCCCAUCUAACUGCUUUGCAAAACAGCUGUCUUGCAACAGUAACCAACAUUAUUUUUUAAGGUGAAUCAACUGGAACAUGUCUGUUUUUGUAGGAGACCAGCCUCUGACUGCACUGGAGCUGUCUGCACUCAUGGAGAAGAGCCUCCCAGCUUUUCAAGGAUUCGCCCUUUGGCUUUGAAGUGUGCCAGAGUACACAGGAAGCUUGCAAGUCCCUUGACAGCAGCAGCCCAUGGACUCAAUUCACAAGCAACCUAUUUCUUGGGAGCACCAGAAAUUGCACUAGUGGGAGAAAAAAAGAGAUACCAAAACUUUGUUGGGAGACAAAAAAAGGGAAGACACAGAAACAGCUUUAUUUUGCACUUUUGUGAUAUUUAAAUGCAGCUGCUGAUGCCUAAGAUGAUGAUCUUACAAAAGGUUCCUUUGACUUUACUGCUGUUGGAUUUUGUCUCAGUUACUCUUUCCUUGACAACUUGCACUAUGCUGGACUUGGAACACAUCAAGAAGAAGAGGGUGGAAGCCAUUCGAGGGCAGAUCUUGAGCAAGCUACGAAUGACCAGUCCUCCAGAAGCUGAGGGUCACAUCCAGAUGUCCACCCAGAUUUUGUCCAUCUAUAAUAGUACCCGGGAUCUAUUAGAUGAGAUGCACUAUGAGAGACAACAGAGCUGUGCCCAGGACAACUCGGACACUGAGUACUAUGCCAAGGAAAUUCACAAAGUGGACAUGAUUCCUAGUACCCGUGACCACAAUGAUUUAGAGUGUCCAAAGAUGAAAACCUCCAAGCUAUUCAAGUUUGAUGUCUCAAGAAUGGAGAAAAAUGCCACCAACUUAUUUCGGGCAGAGUUCCGGGUGCUGAGAAUAUCUAAUCGAGAUGCGAAACGAAACGAACAAAGAAUUGAACUUUACCAGGUGCUAAGAGAAAACAAUUACAUCUCAAACCAGCGUUAUAUAAGUGGAAGAAAUGUUUUAACCAAAGGAGAGAAUGAAUGGAUAUCAUUCGAUGUCACAGAGACAGUCCGGGAAUGGCUUAUGCACAGAGAAUCAAACCAGGGCCUUGAGAUCAGUGUGCACUGUCCCUGCAACACCUUCGGCACCAACGGUGACAUCAAAUCUGGCAGUGAGAACCUGGAAGUCACAUUUAAAGGUAUCGAUUUACAUGAUGAAGACAUUCUGGGACAUGGUCAUCCAAAGAAACAGAAAGAGUCCUUAAAUCCACACCUGAUCUUAAUGAUGCUUCCCCCACACCGCUUGGAUAGUCAUCGAUUUACACAGAGAAAGAAACGGGCUUUGGACACGGACUACUGUUUCAGAAAUAUUGAAGAUAACUGCUGUGUCCGUCGGCUGUUUAUUGAUUUCCGACGUGACCUAGGCUGGAAGUGGAUUCAUGAACCAAAAGGAUACUACGCCAACUUUUGUUCUGGACCGUGCCCAUACCUGCGGAGUGCAGACACGACCCACAGUACGGUGCUCGGUCUGUACAACGUGCUAAACCCUGAAGCCUCUGCCUCUCCAUGCUGUGUUCCUCAAGACCUAGCACCCCUUACCAUUCUCUACUAUGUGGGAAGGACCCCAAAGGUGGAGCAGCUCUCCAAUAUGAUUGUUACAUCUUGCAAAUGUAGCUGAACCAAAUGUUUUUAAUGCCAAAUAAAUAAAAGAAAAGGGAUUUUUUUCUGAGUCAAUAUUGCCAAACAAGAACUCUUGACCAGAGUCAUUUUGCUGUUAGCCACAUUUUUCUUAGACUCAGAAUCCAUUAUGUUUUUGCAGCAACAAUUUUUUUUAAGCAAAGGACAUUCUUUUUAAUUGAACUAUGCAUCAGAUUACCUCACCAUCACCUGUUCAUUGUAAAAUGAAAUGUGCUAAGGCAAAAUAGUAGAAAAAAAAACAUUAUUUUCCUGUAUCCCUGCAAGGUAGCAAAGGCUGUUUUAUGCAUGCAUACUGCAUAUGGAUUUGCAUAUGCAUACAAGUAUGCAUGUAUGUUUGCAUGUGCACUCAAGUAUGCAUGUAUGAUUGCAUGUGCACUCGUGUGCAUGUGUGUGUGUGUGUGUGUGUGUGUGUGUGUGUGUGU